AGCUCGCGCAACCUGUUGCGCAUACUAUGGCCGUGAGCUCACGUGCCGGAUAUCGACUCUGUCGUCUGGACAUGGACCUAUAAAUUCGCCCGAUAUAUUUUUACAAUGUCUGAGGACAAUUACGUCACCAGAGGACUGAGGCGAGGGUCCCGGCCCAGGUCUCUGUGCGCCAGAUGUGGCAGUCUACAGGAGAGAAGAUCUGCUUCACCUGGACGUAGCGGAUGGCGUGAUGCUGGUAAAGGCCUGAGCCUGGAGAUCAAUGGGCGGGAGGGGCGCAAGAGGAACUUGUCUACGGGGGGAGGGGAGAGGCCGACCUCCCAAAAACACUGCUACAUCGUGCCUAUAGGGCAGGGAGUGGCCAGCACCACCACCUACAGAGAAUCCUUCCAGACUCCUCCCCACCAGAUAUCUGGCACUCGUCACGCUCGAUCGGUUCCAUCCUCACCAGUCUCCUCCUCCCCUCUGUGGUCGCCAGUGACGCCCAACACGGCGCCCGUCAGCUCCCGGCCCAACACGGCGCCCGUCAGACCCAGCACACAGCUGCUAGUCACACGGCUACAACAAGUGCAGGCCGCCGGGAAACCUUCCAACACCACCUACAGAGACCACUACACAUGGUUGUCAUGACAACAGACUCUCCAAACUUUUCAUUCAACACUGCAGACCAUCCAGGCCUCAAUUUUUGAUUGACAUCCAGACAUACAUUUAUAGGCAUCUUCACACGCAUUGGUUAGACAUCUUGAUAUACAUUUGAUAGACAUCCAGACAUACAUUUAUAGGCAUCUUCACAUGCAUUGGUUAGACAUCUUGACAUACAUUUGAUAGACAUCCAGACAUACAUUUAUAGGCAUCUUCACACGCAUUGGUUAGACAUCUUGAUAUACAUUUGAUAGACAUCUUGACAUACAUUUUACAGUGACAAUCAUAUGCCUAAACACCAAUUUGCCAAUCUCAGAGUCCAGCUGACAUUAAUGCUUUCAUCCAUUAAUUGGCAUCAUGUCAUGUCAUCUCAUUAGUACAUGAUGUAAUAUAAGCCAUCCUGUCAUUAGCUUUAAUUGACAUAUCAUACCAUCUCAUUAAUAAUAAUAGAUCAUGAAUGUUAAAUGAAAUGAAAUGUGUAAAUAUAGCAGCCAAUUUUGAAAGUUAGGAUAAUCCUGAAGCUACAAAUAAAACUAGUUAUCAGAAAUUUCCAUAGCAAAGCUCAUUCUGAUGAAGCUUGGGAAAAUAUUUUUAAUUUGUGUGCGCUAAUACCUUUUUUUUACAUUUGAUAUUACAUUUUAAAUACAAUUGACUUUAGUGAACCUUUUAAUCAGGGGUAGGGGUUUGUACUCAUGUAUUUUCCUGGUUCUGACACAAUUUUCUUGCUGUAGAUGUCUGCGACACAUUGUAAAAAAUAGAUUUUUCCUUUGGUAUUUGGGUUUUAUCUUAGCACUGUUUCUAUAAAUAAAGUUGACUUGAAAUAUU